AUGGGAACAUGGCCAAAGAUUCAUCCCAAGCGAGUCCGUGUGAUUACGUGUGAUGUGACUGGAACACUUGUAUCAUUUCGUGGGUCGAUUGAAGAACACUAUCUUGGAUCGGCACAGAAAUGUGGUAUUGAUUUCGUCCCAGAUGAUCCUGCGAGUUCCACUGGUCAUAAUGGCCCUCUGCCUAUUCACAAGGCCUUCAGCCAAGGCUAUAGGGAAUGUUGCCAAAUAUAUCCUUGCUUCGGUGGCCAUGACAUUUCGGCGAAAGAAUGGUGGAAACGGUGUGUACUCCGUUCCUUCGAACUUGCUGGUGCCAGAAUGAACGAAGCGCAACAAGAAGCUGUUUUUCAACGAAUUUACUCCAUAUUUGGUUCUCAAGCUUGCUAUGAAAAAUUCGACGAUGCGCUACCUUUUUUACAAUGGGCAAACCGUAGUCGCAUAGUGUGCGGUGUCUUGAGCAACGCUGACGAACGGUACGGUGACUCCAUACUACCCAUGCUCGGUUUGACGCACGACGAGUUACAAUUUCAAUGUUUUUCCAAAGAUUUUGGCUUGGAAAAACCGGAUGCCCGAUUCUUUCUGGCAGCACUCAAGCAAGCUGAGCUGUAUUUAGUAUCACAGAACUCGUACGACGUAAACGAUCCUUUGCUUCCCUCUCAAGUCCUUCACAUCGGGAACGAUUUCCAAAAGGACUUUGAGGGGGCUCGUCGAGCAGGGAUGCACGCGGCACUCUUGAGUCGAUACGGAGAAGAUGAGCUUGCUGCUGAAUGGAAAAGAAGAGGCGCACUCGUGUUUGAAGACUUGCUGGAUGUGGUGGAACUGCUUGGACGCAGUAACUGUCAAUUUGGCUAA